AACCCCCUCUCAACCUCACUUCCCCAACAAGUUUUCUACAUCCAUUUUACCAAAAAAAAAAGUUUUCUACAUCCACAAAAAAAAAACUUCCACAGCAAACAAGAACAUACUUCAGAUAUGGAUCUUGAUUUAUUACAAGAUCUGUCCAAAUUCAACUUCCCAGCAACCAUCAAGAUCCAAUCCAAAACCACAAGAAACAUUAACGAAGGCGAUGAAGAAGAUGGCUUUAGUUGCAGCACACCCACAUCUCAAGAACACAAGAUUCCUCCCGUCCUAGAUUCUCCACCUCCCCCGCCACGAAAACCUCGUCCACAGCCGUCAAAACCAUCUGCUACGGCGGCUCUGAUGAUCAGAUCGUGUAAGAGGAAGCUCUUAGUGUCGACUUGUGAGGUUAUCAUGAAUAGGGAAGAGAUAGACCGUUUCUUCACCUCCGUUUAUAGUGACACGUCGACCACAGCGAAACGAAGGAGAAGUUAUCCUUCUUGUGUCCGAAGAUGAGCCUUAGUUCAAGAAUUUACAUUUUUACAGUUUUACUGGAAAUAUUGUGAACUCAUAUAUAAAUUAAAAGAUUAUUA